GCUGCACAAGACAAGACGUACCAACACACUUCUACAAAUAAAACCCAUUUUUCGUUAAAAAAGAAAAGAAAAAUUAAAACCCUAAAACAAGAAAACUCAUCGAUUUCACGAAAUCAAAACCCUUCUUGCAUCAUAAACCAACUUAAAUCGGAGUCACUUCAAUUCAACUCAAAAUCUCGCCGGAAAACGGAGCGGACUUCAUCGUCGUCCGCCACAAACAGAAUUGUUUGUGAAAUUUUGUUUAGAUGGCAAAUAAUCCUCAACAACCUCCUUCUGGUAUUCAGGGUUUGAUAUUAUAAAGACUGAGUAGAAGCGUAAAGUUGGAGUUCAAGGGACCGAGGGAACAAGGAGAGAAGUUGUUUAAGGUACCCUACAAAAUUUUGGUUCAUUCGGACUGAAGUCUGAAUUUUGAUGGUGGAUGCAGUUCUGUGCACUAGAAACAGUCAACUGUUGCUUCAUAAGAAACCACAAACAAACUCAGAAACCGUUCCAAUAAAUCAAUGAAUUCUGAAAAUGGCACCGAUCAACCGCAACCUACUUCCGGUGAAAAUCUCACAGAACUUGGUUGGUAUGUUCUCGGAGAAAAUCAACAACAAGUUGGUCCUUACGUCUUCUCAGAGGUGCGCGAGCAUUUUUUAAAUGGAUAUCUGUCAGAAAAUACACUUUUGUGGUCUGAAGGAAGAACUGAUUGGAAGCCUUUGUCUUCAAUUUCUGAAUUGUGGGAUCAAAUUAACCCUCAAAGACAUGAUUUUUCUUCAACUGCAGUGUCUGCUGAUGCUGAUGAUGUAGAUGAGUUUGAAAAAUGGCAAAAGGAGAUUAAGGAGGCAGAGGCACAAGUCGAAGCUUCAGAAUUUGGGUCCUUUUCUGGUGAUGUUGGUGUAGCAGGGGAAGAAUCUGAGAGACCUUCGACACCGCCUGAUGGUGAAGAAGAAUUUACCGAUGAUGAUGGGACUAAGUAUAAGUGGGACAGGAAUAUUAGGGCUUGGGUUCCUCAGGAGGAGUGCACGGCUGGCAGCGCUUUGCCUUAUGGGGUUGAAGAGAUGACCUUCUUGAAAGAGGAGGAAGUUUUUCCGAUAGUAACUGAUUCCGAUGCCUCUAAAAUUGUUGAAGAUAGUUCAGAAUUGAGUGUUCCUGCAACUUCCCUGAAGCAAGAAAUAAAUGAAGCAAAUAAUACCAGUGUGUUAGCCGAUGGAAAGAGGAAACUUUCAGAUAAACCAGAAGAAAAGAAGGAAGCUAAUAAACCUCCUGACAGUUGGUUUGAAUUAAAGGUUAAUACACAUGUUUAUGUCACUGGGUUGCCUGAGGAUGUUACUGUUGAUGAAGUUGUGGAAACAUUUUCCAAGUAUGGAAUUAUAAAAGAGGAUCCAGAAACCAAAAAGCCCCGUGUCAAGCUCUAUGUUGAUAAAGAGACAGGGAAAAAAAAGGGAGAUGCUCUAGUUACAUAUCUUAAGGAACCAUCAGUGGCUCUAGCAAUCCAACUUUUGGAUGGUGCGCUUUUUCGGCCUGGCGAUAAGACUCAUGAGAUUCCAAUGUCUGUCUCCCUGGCUAAAUUUCAGCAGAAAGGAGAGAAGUUUGUCUCCAAACAAGUGGACAAAGACAAUAGAAAGAAAAAGAGAUCAAAAAAGUUGGAAGAGAAAAUGCUUGGAUGGGGUGGUCGUGAUGAUUCAAAAGUUUCAAUUCCAACAACUGUUGUCCUUCGCUAUAUGUUCACUCUUGCUGAAAUGAGGGCUGAUGAAAAUUUGCGCUCAGAAUUAGAGGAAGAUGUUAAAGAGGAAUGCUCAAAGCUUGGACCUAUAGACGGAGUCAAGGUAUGUGAGAACCACCCUCAGGGUGUUGUUUUGGUUAAAUUCAAGGAUAGGAAGGGUGCUCAUGCAUGCAUAGAAUUGAUGAAUGGAAGAUGGUUUGGUGGCAGACAGAUACAUGCCAGUGAAGAUGAUGGUUUAAUUAACCAUGCCACAGUCCGGGAUCUAGAAGAAGAUGCUAAGCAAUUGGAGAAAUUCGGUGAGGAACUUGAAGGUGAAUGAGUUAAUGAGAAUUGUAUUGAACCAGUUUCACAGUUCCUAAUAAGUCCAGGCCUUGAAAUAUUGCAAGAAGCCAAAGCUUGUAGAUUACUAUGUCAAUGUCCGCACUUUUUGAAGUUUUGCAACUUGCAAUGAUAUAUAAGUUAUCUUGUAUCAUUGAAAAAGAAAAAGCAAAUGAAAGUAGGAAAUAACUUACUAAUUUAGCUACCACAUCUUUUUUUUGUGACGUUUGGUAGGCGCAGCAUCCAAAUCAUGCAUACUGUGACACAUGACAAUGUAGUUAGAUUUGUACUGUUUGAUUAAUUUAUUAAGUUAUUUUAGCUGCAUGGUACUAUAACAUACUGAAAGAGUUGUUGCAUUAGAUUGUGUUAUAUUGUUGCAUUGCAUUGGACGAUGUUAGUUGUUAGCAAAGAAGUUGCAACUUGCCAUGGAGCAUUUGCCGCGUGGCGAUUCACCCUGUGAUGUUAGAUUGGUAUUGAUAUGAGAAAUAGAUUCUCUGCAGUUUCAAAUUUUGAUCAUCUGA